ACGUGAAGCAGACUUCUAUCGGAAACAAGCAAAGGUAAUGGAAAAACAUGCGAGGGAAAUCGAACAAAGGCUAGAAGUACUUCUAGUUCAACAUGAUCAUGAGCCUCUUCGUGAUCAUGGUACUAGCUUUCCAGGAAGUACUGCAGCUGCACAAGCAGAAGCGCAACGAGGAGCGGUGGAUGCAUUCGUUGACGAGUUACAACUAGCUGUUAGUCCCGGCGUAGGACGAGACCCACUUGUUGGAGGAACGCAAACUUAUUUAACUUCUUCAACAACAACUACUAGUUGUACCAGGCAGCGGCCUGAAAAAACAUCGGCUUUCACAGAAAUGAGUGGAAUGUUUCAACAACUCCUUGCCGAGAUCCAGACUCUUGAGUCGCAGAAAGCUGAUUGUGAAUUGGAAAUACGACGAUUAGAAGAUAGGAAAGUUGCUAGACUUCAACAAGAAGGUAACCGUAGCUGUGAAGAUGAUACGGGCAUGCUGGGUGCUUCCUCUUCCAAUCUCUCUGGGUCGAGGAGUAGCUAUGUCUCUGGGUCGCAACACGCCACUUCUGGAGCUGCUGACGAAAAGCGAAACAGCGGAACUUCCAAAACUAAUGAUGCUGCAUCAUCAUCAACAUCAUCUCCUUCCAAGAAAAAUAAUAUGUCUGGUGACGAACAAAACAAGACUAUAGAUUUCGAAGAUUUUCUAUUGCAUAGUGUGGACAGAGUA